UUGAGAUUCUGGCGCUGUUCCACACGGACGUGUUAGAAAGCAUAUAGACUUCUCCAGUGCUGAUUGGUGAAUAAAUAGUUACUGGUAUCUGAUUGGUCAGUCAGUAUGUCUGUCUGGAUCCCCUAUGUUGGUAUAAAUUUGUUUUGCAGCCAUUUUGUCAUUUUUCAACACGCUCUAACGGUCCAACGUUCAUUUCAAACAUGUCUGCUCGUGGUAAGGGAGGAAAAGUCAAGGGGAAGUCCAAGAGCCGCUCGUCUCGGGCAGGUUUGCAGUUCCCCGUCAGCCGUGUGCACCGUUUCCUACGCAGGGGCAACUAUGCCGAGCGUGUCGGUGCCGGCGCUCCAGUCUACCUGGCCGCCGUGCUGGAGUACCUGACCGCUGAGAUCCUCGAGUUGGCCGGCAACGCUGCCCGUGACAACAAGAAGACUAGAAUCAUCCCCCGUCACCUCCAAUUGGCCGUCCGUAACGACGAGGAGCUAAACAAGCUUCUGUCCGGUGUGACUAUCGCUCAGGGAGGUGUGCUGCCCAACAUCCACGCUGUGCUUCUGCCCAAGAAGACAGCUGCAGGGUUGGGCAAGGGCAAGAAGUCUAGUCAAAGUCAGGAGUAUUGAACAGACCUUGAGCAAGAAUAACCCCGGCCCUUUUCAGGGCCACCCAUAUCUUUCCAGAAGAACUAUAAAUCUUAUCACGA